AUGGCAUUGCACCCACGCAGAGUUCGAUUGAAACCCUGGCUAGUGGCUCAGGUGGACAGUGGAAUGUACCCAGGCCUCAACUGGCUCAACAGAGAGGCAAAGCGAUUUCAGAUCCCUUGGAAGCAUGCGACUCGGCAUAGCCCUCAACACGAAGAGGAGAACACAAUUUUUAAGGCUUGGGCUGUGGAAACAGGAAAGUACCAGGAAGGAGUUGAUGACCCUGACCCUGCAAAAUGGAAGGCUCAGCUCCGGUGUGCCCUCAACAAAAGCCGGGAAUUCAAACUGAUGUAUGAUGGCACCAAAGAGGUGCCAAUGAAUCCCAUUAAAAUUUAUGAAGUGUGUGACAUCCCACAGUCCCAGGGAGCAAUCAUUAAUCCAGGCUCUACUGGUUCAGCUCCAUGGGAUGAGAAGGAUAAUGAUGAUGAUGAAGAUGAAGAUGAAUUAAACCAGUCUCAGCCUGUACCUAUACAGGAUACUUUAUCAUUUCUUAAUAUCAAUGAUUCUCCAAUGGCACCCACGAGUGUGGAGACCCACAGCCCAGAAGCCGGGUGGCAGAAGAACGAGCCUGAGGAUAUAGAGAUGCCAAUGCCUCCUGCACUCCCAGUUCUGCAGCAUGACAUGUUCAGCUCUCCUGAACUCUGGAUUAGCUCUCUUCCAAUGACAGACCUCGAAAUCAAGUUCGAGUAUCGAGGCAAAGAAUUUGGGCAGACAAUGACCGUGAGCAACCCCCAGGGCUGCAGACUUUUCUAUGGAGAACUGGGUCCUAUGCCAGAUCAAGAAGAACUCUUUGGUCCUAUUAAUUUGGAGCAAGUCAAGUUUCCAGGGCCAGAAAUUAUCACCAAUGAAAAGCAAAAGCUGUUCACAAGCCGGCUGCUGGAUGUCAUGGACAGAGGGCUGAUCCUAGAAGUCAGUGGGCAUGCUAUUUAUGCAAUCAGGCUUUGCCAGUGCAAAGUGUAUUGGUCUGGACCGUGCGCACCUUCUUCUACCACACCAAACUUGAUUGAAAGACAAAAGAAAGUCAAGCUCUUUUGUUUAGAAACAUUCCUGAGUGAACUGAUUGCCCAUCAGAAAGGACAGAUUGGAAAACAGCCCCCAUAUGAGAUCUACUUCUGUUUUGGGGAAGAAUGGCCAGAUGGGAAGUCUAGAGAGAGAAAACUGAUUGUUGUUCAGGUAAUUCCAGUUGUCGCUCGGAUGAUCUAUGAGAUGUUCUCUGGUGACUUCACCCGCUCUUUUGACAGUGGCAGCGUGCGGCUUCAGAUCUCUACCCCUGAUAUCAAGGACAACAUUGUUGCGCAGCUGAAACAACUCUACCGACUACUGCAGAAUCAUCAAGAAGGCUGGCCAAUGCAGCCACCAAACAUGCCUAUGACCACACCUCUGACUGCACAGUGAUGGCCAGAUCUUUCUGAAAGGAUGAAUUCCCUG